AUGCUGUCUGGUGGUAUUGUUCUUGCCGUCUUUUCUCUGAUAUCAGCAAUAUUGCUAAUCCCACCAUUCAUUUGGCACACUAGAUUUUCUAAGAAUAUUCCUGCCAUAUUUUUAAUUUCAUGGUUGAUAUUUUUAAAUUUGAAGGCUUUCAUUAACUCCAUUAUAUGGAGUGGAGAGGAAUUCGACCAGGUUUGGGAUGGAAAGAUCUAUUGUGACGUAGCAACAAGACUUGAAGUGGGCUCGUACUCGGGAACAGUAUGUGCACUCUGUGCAAUUUCUUUGAAUUUGUAUAUGAUUUUGAAGGGAAACUCUACUUUCAUUGCCAAAGAUGGGCCACUAUCAAGACGUAAGCUUUGGAUUAAUUUGGCGAUUUGCUUGAUUACGCCAGUGUUGACUAUGAUCUUGCAGAUUCUAUAUGACUCUCAGAGAUAUGCUGUAAUUAGAUACAAGGGAUGUGCAGCAUUACCAUUCCCUACAUGGGUCGUCAUAAUCUUAUACCUGAUUUGGCCGUUCCUUUGGAGCAUUGCUUGUACUGUUAUAGCUUUUUUAACCAUAAUUUCAUUUUACAGAAAAAGAAGUGACCUUAAAGAUUUAUUAAGGUGUUCAAAUUCUCUCUUAAAUAUAAGAAGGUUUGGUCGAUUAUUGAUAUACUCCGCAGUAAUGUUGGUAAUUAUAUUCCCUGCUGUUAUAUAUAAGUUCGUGGUUGAUUGCACAAAUAACACUGAACCAUACAACUGGGAGGAUAUCCAUUGGGAAUAUUGGCAGGUAAUAUAUUACGUUGAUCUCGGAUAUGUUCAAACAUAUCAAUGUUGGCUAAAUGUUGGAUUAUCAAUUGUUACAUUCAUUCUUUUUGGAUUGGGCUCAGAAGCACUUAAGAUGUAUAAAAGGAUACUCACCCAAAUGCGUAUCUUGGAAUCAAGUGUUGUUGAAUUUGAUUUUGAUAAUGAUCGUGACAGCGAAGAAGAAUUGAAGAAGAACUAUACUUUUGCAUCCGCAAGUUCUGGUGGUGCAACAACCAUCGUUGGAAUGUCCGUGAACAGCAAAAUCAAUACAGCAACAUCUUCAAAAAAUGUUUCUGAAUUUCAAAGCAUUAUUGAUGAACUAUCUCUUGAAGAGAAUUUUAACUUAGAUUCAGUUAAAGAUAAACUGCCCGUAAUCUCAGGAGUCCCCGAAAGAUAUUCUAACUUACAGGAUGAGGAUGGGAAUACUUUCAAUACCAAGGAUUGCGAAGUAAGUUAUCAUUAUCUGGUUCAAAAAUUGUAG